AUGCUUGAUUUGCAUAUGCCACAUGGAUUGGGAUGGGAUGCGAGAAAGAGAGAAGGUUAUUCCUCAGCGCCGCUUUUUUCGACCUCAUCUCCGUCGAGUGGCUUGCUGAGUCCAGCGCCGCGACACAAUUCAAACCCUCCGUGCAGCAGCAACAGCUCACUACGCUUUCCAUCAUCUUCCUCGUCGUCCAACAAUAAUAACAACGUUGCUGCUGCUGCUACCGCCGGUGCCGCUGCUGUCGCCGCUGCCGCCGCCGCUGCUGCCGCCGCAUCGGCCGUGUCCUCAGCUGACCUUAGACGCAAUCAUUUCGUCGCAGAUAUACUCACAAUGAGUGGCCGCAUGUCAAAUGGUGCUAGUAGCCGUCCACUGGUGGCGCUGCUUGAUGGUCGCGACUGUUCCAUUGAAAUGCCAAUCCUAAAAGAUGUUGCAACGGUAGCGUUUUGUGAUGCGCAGUCUACUCAUGAAAUCCAUGAAAAGGUUAGGUCCUCUUGCAUUUCAUUAUUUAUAAUUGUUGAUUUUUGCCUUUUACUUCCCACAUAUUUCGGUUGA